CAUGAACCUUCGUGAUACUUUCUUUUUUCCCUCAUUUAAUUUACUUAUAUAAAUAUGUUUAAAAUCAAUCAAAUUAUUAUAUAAGAAAGUUUAAACGAUCCCUCUCAUUAUUCUCACACAUAUAUUUGCCUAACAGAACAAACAAGAUUCUGAUCUCAUCACAAACAAAAACUAAAAGCUAGCAUAACAUAAAAUAUAUACGUAUACAUAUACAUAUAUAUCACCAACACCAUCAUCGUUACUAUCAUCAUGGCUUAUCCUUAUCAACCACAACCUUCUUCCUCUGCACCGAUGCCACCACUCCCCACCACCAUAAUAGGCCCUCAAUAUUGUACUCCAUAUCCGGUGGAACUCGCGGUGGUGAAAAAGGUGAUGACCAUUGCAGACAACUUAACCGUUACUGAUGUCAACGGCAACAUAGUUUUCAAAGUUAAGGGUUCUGUGUUUACCAUACGUGACCACCGUGUCUUGGUUGAUGCGGCCGGUAACCCCAUCAUCACCCUACGUCGCAAGAUAUUGACUAUGCAUGAUCGGUGGGAAGCAUAUAGAGGUCAAAGCACAAAUGCUAAAGAUCUAAUAUUUACAUUGAAACGAUCUUCCCUAAUGCAAUUUAAGACCAAAUUAGAUGUGUUUCUUGCUGGUAACACAAAAGAAGAUGUUUGUGACUUUAAAGUUAAAGGGAGUUGGUUCGAACGAUCUUGUAGUGUUUAUGCUGGUGAAUCUAAUAACAUUGUUGCACAGAUGCACAAAAAGCACACGGUGACGAGCAUUUUAAUUGGUAAAGACCAUUUCAUGGUUACCGUUUAUCCCAACAUUGAUUACGCUUUUAUAGUGGCAUUAAUCGUGAUUCUUGGCGAGAUUAACGAUGAUGCAAAGAAUAGUAACUAGAGGAUUAGUGUUUUGUAUUCAUUAAUCAUGAUUCUUUUAUUUUCAAUUAGUGUGUAAUAGGGUUACAUGUAUUAAAAAACUUACGAGGUUAGCAGAUUAUAGAUUGAAUAUAGCAAGUUUCAUUUUAACAUAUGUAAAUAUCAUA